UAAAUAUCAACAUUAUUAGCUUAGUUACUAUCUAAAACUAUUUAAUACAAAAUUAUUACGUAUUUGGAUCUCUUAACCAUACCACGUGCGUAUUACGGGAGUAGACGAUAAGUUCCUAAAAUAGUACAUUACAUUAGUUCAAUCGGUUUCGUUUGGUUGUUUUGAGGAGUGAAAACAUUGGAAAAAUGCGUGAAAUUGUGCAUUUGCAGGCGGGACAGUGUGGCAAUCAGAUUGGCUCAAAGUUUUGGGAGAUAAUCUCCGACGAACAUGGCAUCGACCAGACGGGGUACUAUAGAGGAGACAGCGACCUGCAGUUGGAGAGAAUCCAGGUGUAUUAUAAUGAGGCUGCUGACGGUGCACGCUUCGUCCCCCGAGCAGUGCUGGUGGACCUGGAGCCAGGAACCAUGGAUGCCAUCAGGUCUUCCACCUACGGCCAGCUGUUCCGGCCUGACAACUAUGUGUUCGGACAGAGUGGUGCUGGUAACAACUGGGCUAAGGGUCACUACACGGAAGGGGCUGAGCUGGUGGAUGCAGUCAUGGAUGUCGUGAGGAAGGAAGCAGAGCCUUGCGACUGCCUCCAAGGUUUCCAGCUCACCCACUCUCUGGGUGGAGGAACUGGUUCAGGUCUGGGUACCCUACUCCUCAGUAAGCUUCGUGAGGAGUACCCGGAUAGGAUUGUCAACACUUUCAGUGUUAUGCCGUCUCCUAAGGUAUCCGACACCGUAGUAGAGCCAUAUAACGCGACACUGUCCGUUCACCAGCUGGUUGAGAACACGGAUGAGACCUUCUGUAUCGACAAUGAGGCUCUAUAUGAUAUCUGCUUCAGAACCUUGAGACUCGCAUCUCCUACCUACGGAGAUCUUAACCAUUUAGUGUCCUUGACAAUGUCAGGAGUGACCACAUGUCUGCGUUUCCCGGGACAACUGAACGCAGAUUUGCGUAAACUGGCUGUGAACAUGGUACCUUUUCCACGACUGCAUUUCUUCAUGCCAGGUUUCGCGCCUUUAACAGCUCGCAACAGCCAAGUCUACCGAGCACUAACAGUGCCCGAGCUAACACAACAGAUGUUCAGCCCCUCGAACAUGAUGGCGGCUUGCGACCCGCGCCACGGCCGCUACCUCACCGUCGCCGCUAUAUUCCGCGGCAGAAUGUCCAUGAAGGAGGUUGACCAGCAGAUGCUGACCGUGCACGACAAGAAUAGCAGCUACUUCGUGGAAUGGAUCCCCAACAACAUGAAGGUAGCUGUCUGCGACGUGCCUCCCCGAGGACUGAAGAUGGCCGCCACCUUCGUAGGGAACACCACCGCCAUACAGGAGAUCUUCAAACGCGUGUCUGAGCAGUUCACUGUCAUGUUCCGGAGAAAGGCUUUCCUCCACUGGUAUACCGGUGAAGGUAUGGAUGAAAUGGAAUUCACUGAAGCUGAAAGCAACAUGAACGACUUGGUUUCCGAAUACCAGCAGUAUGAGGAUGUGGGAGUGGACGGUGAUGAAUUUGACAACGAAGAUGAAGAAGGCGCCGAGGAGUAUCCUGAAGAGGAGUAGCUUCUACCAGUAGCUCAACCUUUAUAGUAGAAAUGGCCAGCUUUAACAUGUGUAAAUUCUACCAUAGAUGGUUAAAAUUGGGCAGAGGCAGAUCCUGAUGAUCCUAAUUAUUUGUCAUUGUACACACACUGUAAUUUUUAACCGACUUCAGAAAAAGGAAGUUCUCAGUUUGACCUGUAGUAUUUUAAGUACACAUGUUUGUGCACGAUUAUCUCACGCUUGUCUCAACCGAUUUUGAUGCGGUUUUCAGCAUACCAUCAGUCAGACUUAGAUUUUAGGGAUAUUAUUGAAGCAGUUUUUUUAAUGUAAAAAAACUUUUUAGAAAUUAUCUUGCCCCCCUUUGCUUUAAGUUCCUUAACUUUAAAAUUUCAUAUUGCUUAACAAUAAGAUAGUAGGAAUUGAUUUUGAGUAAAAAUAUCAGUACAUGG